CAAGCAAGCAAUCGAGACAAACAUACAAACACACACAAUAGAUAGAUACCGGCAUGACGGAGGAAACCGACCACACGGCGACCGACGAGUGGGAUUGGGAUUUUGCAGACGACGACCUUCCGCAAGCGGACGAUGGGCCCUCGGUGGAACCGUGCGAGUCCUCCCCCGUCGAUUCGCCAAUCCAAGCAGCGUUUCCGAGAGGCACCGCCAGUGACACGCCGGAAAUCGACUAUCGCAUCCACGGCAACGACCAUGCCUUCAAUGAUCUUCGUGAUCCUUCACGACGAUCGAUAACCCCUGCUGGGCCUACCGACAAUGCGAACAAUCUCUCGACCGAGCUCGACCAGCCUAUUGUAGACCAAGACUCCGACAAUCUUCUGAAUAUUUCUACCGACUUAAUACUAGCUCCAGCACUGACCAUCGCGGCUCCUUUACCCAAUCAUUCACUGCAACUGCUGUUUCAAACGGACGAAAAGACCGUCUCAUCGCAACUCCAGCGAGUGGAAGAGAAAACACUCCGGCGACAACAAACCCGGAACAACCAAAUUCAUCAAUUGAGCCACCAACUAGCGAUGCUUUCGGCUCGCUUGGCACACGAGCACAUCAAUCGUGACGCGGCCCUGCACACGGCGUGGAAAACUUCGCUAGUGGAACGCUCGCACCGAUUGUUGGACGACUUGGCCUUGCUGCAGGACCGGGAUGCCGUGCCUGUGUCCUCGCCGCAACAUUGGCGACAAAUCCAUCAUCGGCUGGAAAAGCUGGACACACAAAUGACGCAGUCGAUGUUUGUCGAUCUCCCCAAUCUGCAAUCGUCUCUGUCGCUAGACGAAGCUAUCGAUGCUUGGAAAGCCGACGAUCGGCUCGCACAACACGAAGCUGACAAAUGCCAACGGGCUUUAGUACGGCGGUUCGAGCAUUGGGCAGGGAUUGUGACGCAACGGCGGUGUGAAAGUUCCGCCGCCAAUCACGCAACCUUGACGUUGCUGUCGGAAAAUGUUGCCAAGCUUUCCACGGAGGAUUUGGACGAUCAGCCGAAAAUGGCGGAGGAUCUUAUCCAGCAAAUUCGGAAUGUGCGUGCUGCGCUGCAGGAGGAGCGAGCGACUCGGAAAGCACAAGACGAAAAAUUGCGGAUGUUGAUUGAAAGGCGAGUGAACGCUCUAAAGGACGCAAUUGUGCAAGUUCAUGGUGAUAACGAUUACUAA